UUCCUUGUGGCCAGCUCUCAUAUCCCCUCCUGGGAAUGUGGUGAAAAAUGUCUUCAGAAAAAUAGCUUUGUGAGGACAAGAGAAACUUUCAUGCACUGACAAGACAUGUCUGAAAGCUCUUCAGGUGAAAAUGCAAGCAGUCAAGAGACCUGUCAAUCUAAUUCAUCAUACUGCUCCACUCUGAGUGAGUCACAUGCUCCGUUGUCAAGGAAUAGAGCAUUUCACUCACAUUCUGAUUCUGGAAUAUCUUCUCUGCUUCCAUCAGAUUCUUUUAAAUACCUCACUUGGCAAGGGAUAGAACAACAUGACAUUCAAGGAAGUCAACUGCGCUGCCCAAGAGUAAGAGAAGACUGGAAAACUAAAAGUCAGAAAAUUAAAAUCAGUCAUCUAGAGUCACUCAAUUAUAUGCCACACUACUCUAGACUGGAAACAGAAUAUCCUUUGCUUAACACUGGAGGACCUCCUGCAGAAGAGUUGCUAUUGCAACAUGAGGAAUGUACCUUGCCUCCACAGAGAAGAGUCCCUGAAAAAAUUAAAUGGAAAAUAUGGAUACAAGAAAACUGGGAAGAAUGUACGAAUUUGAACAUUUCAUUUCAGGAUUUGGGGGAUCCUUAUCAAGUUGAAAAUUUUAAAAGAAUUCUUAGAAGACUAAUUCGAGUUGAAACCCUCUGGCUAGUGGAUAAUUCAUUAGUGGACUUAAGUGCCGUAAGAUUGCCAAGCUGCAGAAUUUUAAUAAUGAACAAAAACCACCUUACAUCUUUCAAGCAAUUACCAAAGAUACCUCAAAUACAGCAUUUAUCCUUGGCUGAAAACCACAUUGAGAAACUGACUGGGCUUGCCAGUUUACACUGUACUCCACUGGAAUCCCUUGUGCUCAAGAGGAACCCUUGUGAGUUUCAUCAAAAUUACCGUAAACGAGUGUUUUCCUGUUUGCCAAAUUUAAAAAUGCUCGAUGGAAUCCUGAAGCUACCAGAAGAUUCUUCACCAACUCAAACCAGUAUUUUUUCAAAAGUGUGUACUGUAUCAUGAUAUAAAUUUGAAUAAGAUAAAAAAUAAUUA